AUGAAUCGUGCUUCGUCUGAUAUAUUGAAGAUCAUGUUUAUUGGUAGUGCAAUCUACACAGAAUUCAACCUGGAUCUAAUAAGCGGCAAAGAAUUUGAGUACUUGUUCCAAUUUAAUUUAUUGGCGAUUGUGAUUCUGUCCCAGGGAAAGUGCGGCCUCUCUAGUUGCACUACUUGCUACCUGCUGGCCAUGGCCGCGGCAGACAUGCUGGUCAUCAGCUUUGACAUCAUACUGUUUAGACUCUGUUUUUAUUAUUUUCCACGAUCCUUCCUGGAAAUCACCCCUGUGUGUAGUAUUAUCACUGUUCUGCUUUAUGCAGCAACCGACUGUUCUGUCUGGUUCACAAUCACUUUCACAUGUGAUCGAUUUGUGGCCGUUUGCUGCCAAAAAUUGAAACAAAAAUAUUGUACAGAGAAAAUGGCGGUUGUGAUACUAUCAACAACAUGUAUUCUGCUUUGUUUAAAAGACAUCACCUUGUACUUUAGAUUUGAACCUGGAGAGAUAAUUGACAAUGUCCCCUGGUUCUGUAAAGACAAACGAAGCUAUUAUACUGAUCCUGGAUGGAUAGGAUUUAAUUGGUUUGAGACUAUUCUAACCCCAUUGAUUCCAUAUGGUUUAAUUUUGUUGCUCAAUGCCUUGACUGUGAGACAUGUACUAGUGGCCAGUCGUGUACGUAAAGAGCUAAAAUGUCAGAGUAAGGGAGAGAAUUCCAGUGAUCCAGAGAUGGAAAGCAGAAGGAAGUCUUUGAUUUUACUCUUCACCAUGUCUGGCAACUUUAUAAUUUUGUGGUUUGUAUAUGUUUUAAACAUCUUAUAUUAUAAAAUUUCAGGUAUCAAUCCAAAAAAUUACAGUAAUUCUUUAUAUAUGUUUGAGCAAGUUGGAGUAAUGCUGUUGGAAUUGAGCUGCUGCACUAAUACAUUUAUUUAUGGAAUGACUCAGUCCAAGUUCAGACAGAAGUUGAAGAUAAUGAUUAAAUAUCCAGCCACAGUGAUGUUUCCAAUAAGCAAUACACAAAACAACUGA